GAGGGCGGCUUCAUCCGAUUCGGGCGAGUUGGCGGCGCGCUGAGCGUCUCACGCUCGCUGGGCGACCACAACCUGAAGGGUGCAGGCGUCAGCUGUGUUCCAGACGUUUGCAGCUUCUCAGUUAGCGAGGGAGAAGCCUUGCUGAUGGCAUCCGAUGGUUUCUGGGACGCCCUUAGCGAUGAUGAUGCUGGUGAGGCUCUUCUGGGUAUUGUCAAAGCUGCCAUGGCAAGCGGCCAGGCAGGCCCCAUGAUUCUUAGGCUGAAGCAUCCCUGA